GGGAGGUGUUCCUGAAGUGACCUGACUUUGGGGUGAUCAUCAUGGAGGAGCGAGCGAUGGUACAUGGAUGCACGGACUCCUUGGUGGCGGCGCCGACGACGACAACCAAAGCUCGCCCUAACUCUGUCACAGACUUGCCGAUCUCUCCCAUCACGCAAGAACUUCCCCAUCAUCCGAUGCGCAAUUCCGCCCCUUCACUUGCGGCCGCAAUUGAAACGCUCCAAAUCGAUGUGUUGUCGGGGAGUGGAUCGCACGCUCCAUCGUCGGAAGGAGGUGGACUCCGUGGAGACCUCUCGGAAGUGUCCAUCGACUUUGGGGAGAGCACGUUGUUGCAUGGAACGGCGGAACUGACGCACCUCGGCCUCGCGGGAUUCCUCAACAUGCGGGAACACGGUCCGGGGUUCCAUCGCAUGAAACGAUACUACUGCCGUCUCGUGGGUGUGCUCUUCUAUCGCUUUUACACCAAGGAAUCGGCGCGGGACCUGGCGAACGCGCACAUGGAGAAAGAGAUCGUCAAGGUCGAGAAUUGGGACGGGAAAGGCGCGAUCCAUCGGUAUUCCCAAGCGUUCAAGCUCGUGACGCCCCAAGGCACGUACAACGUGAACGCAGACAGCGAAGAAGAAAAAGGGCUGUGGAUCCAGUACGCGAACGAGUCCAUCGACGCCGCUGCGAUGCAGAUGCGCGACUGCUCGUUGCUGCCCAAGUCGUCCGUGCUCACGGCUGCGUCACCAGGCGGUCUCACCCUUGCCCGCCCGAACAAGGAGAAGGAAAAGCCGCCCAAAUUCAAAGGCAUCCCGAAUUGCAUGCAUCCCACAUGCAAGGUCCGCUUCGACAACACCAAGCGCCAGCAUCAUUGCCGCAAUUGCGGCGACUCGGUCUGCUCGGACCAUAGCUACCAUUUUGCGCCGUUGCCGCACCUUCCUACCAUGAACGGUCCGCAGCGGCAAUGCACGCGCUGUUUUCGCGUCCAUCGGUUCAUGCAGCACAUGCGUACGAUGCUCCAAGUGUUUGUAAAGCACCGCCACGGCCGCAAACAGCAGCAACAGCAGCUGCAGCACGCGGCGCUGCUAAGCAACAAGAAGAAGGCGCUGCCAGUUUCAGCGUCUUCUUGCGGCAUCUCCCAGACCGACGACCACAUUGAAGACGUCAACCGGAUGCGGGCGGCGGUGUCCGAAGCCGAUUUUGGCGUGUCGGAUGCGAUCCAAGCGCUGCAUUUGCACCGCAAGGACAGCGACGACGUGUACUGUGUGAUUGUGGCCAAGCUACUCAAGCUGGGCGUGCAGCACCUGCCGGAUUUUGACUUUUUCCUGCCGCAACUGUUCCACCUGUGGAUCUCCAUGGAGUACGAAACCCAGCUGGUCAAGUGGAUGCUGCUCUUUCGUGUGCUUAUGACCGCCGCCACGUACCAUCUCCGUCUUGCGACGUCCAUCCAUUGGCUGCUAAGAGCUACGAUCGACGACAGCUGCGGAUGGGGGUUUGGCCAACGGGAGCUCGGAGUCCCAGAGUACCUCAAGUUUCGAUUUGCGCCGUGUAAGGUUGCCAUGUACAAUUUGCACAUGCUGAUUGAAAAUCGAACGACGCUGACGUUUACACCGGAUGCGGACCUGCGCACGAUGCCCCUACAAGCCGAACUUCUCCAAGUGUACAUUGAUCGCAUCUUGCAUUUGCAAGAGUACGACUCUGGAUUGAAUCUGCCGACGCCAGACUUGGCGCUGCCGUCGCCCAUGAGCUCCACAAGAGGGGGCCCCGUGCCCCUAGGUCCAUUUUUCAAUGCAUUUGCUGCGUGUACAUUUCCCAUUCACUGGACGGACCUCCCCUAUCGCCCCCGCCUCGGGCCCCGAGAUGCAUCGGUGGAGCAAAAAGUAUUUUUAGCCCAAGUCGAAUUCAUCGACCAGUUGGGCGACUUGGCCGAGAAUCUGCGACACUGUCCUCGCUCCGAACGGAAGAAAGCGCUGCCCACGGAGCUGGAAAAGAUUCCGCUGCCCACGGCCGCGUACUAUCCGUUGACGCCCGUGGACGAACCCCUCCAUCGCUUUGUGCACGUGUGUAUCAAAGAAGGAACGGUGUUUACGACCAAAGCACGGGCGCCGACGCUGGUCUGGUUUGAGGUCGAAUCAGUGGAUGUGGCGCCUGAGACACUGUGGCUGAGCCAGACGAGGCCGUCCGCGCCCCUUGUCUGCGACGACGCGCCGCCGCAUCGGCAGUCUAUGGACCACGACGCCAUCGACAACGUCCUGCGCGACGAGCGGCUGCUCACGUCACUUCGCCAUAUCCACAACAACGGCGACGACGACGACGAUACUGACGAUGUGGUGCAAGUGUCCAUCAAAGUGCCGCUUUCAAACGGAUCAACGGCCAAGUUGCGACGAUCGGGUAGCCUCGUGAGCCAUGCCAAUCAGACGUACUCAGACGAGCUGAUUCACGCAGCCGAAGCAGACGCGACGAGAGCCCCCAUGGACCUCUCAACGCUGACCAAUCCCCACCACACGAAUCAUCACCAUGGCGGCGGCGGCGGCGGCGGCGGCGGCGGUCCGCCCAUGCUUGGCUCGAGUCUGUUUCCGCGAUCCAAGGGCAGCAUCAAGCUCGAGUUGCUCCCCACGGACGUGGAGAAGCUGUCGACGGAGCAACUGGAAACGAUUGCAGACAAGUUGCUCCAACACUUGGUCGCGCACCCGCCGCCGCGACGCGCGCUGGACCAGCAUGUAACAUCACAUCAUACCCCCGUUCGUCGUGCAUCGACCCCCACCACUUCGACUGUUUUGGAAAGCAAACACCCGGCAUUGGGGCGGCUCACGGUCGAAGCGAUCAAGGAAAGCAUGGAGAAGAUGAAGAAGAACUUUUUACACGACGACGACAACUGGGAUGUGCGGCAUGCGUUUACCGGCAGCGACGGUAUCGCGACCUUGCUGGAGAUGCAAGUCGCGCACAAUGAACAGCAUGCGACGUGGCUCGGGUCCGAAUUGCUGCAUAACCACCUGAUUCAACCAGUGCCGCCCCAGUCGAGUGGGCUCAAUAUCGGCGGUGGACGCGAUUAUUACGACGACAUUGUGUUUCAAAACGACCAUGCGACACUGUUUGUUGUGACACUGAAACCCGACCAAGACACUAGUCUCCAUGUUGUGAAUGACUUUACCGGGCGUAGUACGAUUGUGGGCCGUCAGUCAACGCGACCGACGCGGUACACGUCGUCGCAGAUGGGGACCCGAGGCGACGACACGCACGACGAGUCGCUGAUGUUGCCGCCGAUGAGUCACAUGGAUCGCAUGGACCCGGACAAGGUGAUGCUGUAUAUGCAGACACUACAACACGCGAUAGAAGCGUAUGUGAUGCCCCCCGACGAACGAGAUCGCGCGAUCGUGACGUGGCAGCUGCUGCAGGAUCAGCUCGAUGUGAUCUGCAACUAUGUUCGAGAAAAGCAAGUGCAGCGGCACAACCAGGUGAAAAAUAUGUUUGGCGAGGGCGCCGACGAUAAGCGCAAGCGUAUGCGUGAAAGCAGCACCCACGCAUCUACGUACAAAGCCAAGUGGGAUAUCAAGGCCAUGAUCAUCAAAAGCAACGACGAUUUGCGCCAGGAAGUGCUCUGUUUGCAGCUGAUUCGCCAGUUUCGAGACAUUUUUAACAGCGCCGAGCUCGAUCUGUGGCUGUACCCGUACGGAAUCAUUGCCACAUCCGCCUCUACCGGCAUUAUCGAAGUGAUUCUCAACGCGACAUCCCUCUCGAGUCUCAAGGGAUCACCUGGAUACACCAACUUGAACCAGCAUUUCAUCACGGUAUAUGGAGGGUUGGACACGCCAGCGUACAAGACGGCGAUGGGCAACUUUGUGCGCAGCAUGGCCGCGUAUUCUCUGGUGUGCUACAUCCUCCGCAUCAAAGAUCGGCACAACGGCAACAUCAUGCUGGACGCGGACGGCCACUUGAUCCAUAUUGACUAUGGGUUCAUGCUGGGCAUUCAACCGGGAGGUCGGUUCAGUCUGGAGCAGCGCGUGCCGUUUAAACUCACGACCGAAAUGGUCGACGCCAUGGGCGGGACCCAAAGCGAGUACUUUCGCGAGUUUGUCACGCUGUUGAUUCAAGGGUUUUUGGCGUUGCGGCAAACCCAAAACGUCGACACGAUCUUGAUGAUGAUAGCCAUCAUGGCUCGGCACUCGAGCUGUCCGUGCUUUCUCAAUCGCAAUCCCCAAGACAUUUUGAACCAGACCAAAGCCCUCUUUGCCCUCGAACUGACCACGGACCAAGUGAUUCCGCACGUGAUGAAGUUGGUGCGAUGGAGCCUCAACAGCUUUGGCUACCGAAAAUACGACCAAUUCCAGCACAUGACCAACGACAUUUUACCGUAAUAAAAUUUAAAUUCUGUGUUUA